UCUUGCAGCCCCGCCAGGAGAGCAUGGGAGGAAAAACCUCUUGAUCGCGGAGGUACAUGUGCAGCUAGCUUACUUUGGCUGAAAACAUUUUCUGCUUUAGUCUCGUAAAGGAAGCUCUGGGUAAGGUGACACUAUGGCGCUCCUUUGUUAGAGAGCACGCUUCCCAGAACGGGUGCAAACAGCAGAGCGCAGCCAGUCUGGACAAGGAGUACAAUGCCUUACCGUCCUGUGUGCACAAGGGAAGAGCAACUAUCCGUCAACUCAGUGGAUUGCGUUAACCAGGAGCAGCCUUGCCACACUGUGAUGGACAGAGAGGAAAUACGUACCCCGGGUUUACGACUGUUCUGACCAUUUGUGUGGUGAAGGAGUUGGAAAGAUUGGUGCAAAUAACCAGACCCGUGAGUGUGCUGUGAUAACAGGGGACACUUGGGAGCGUAGGAGUUGCUGUAUCGCAGCCGACCUUUAGACCUAAGCUGGCUCGCCAAAUGCCACUGACUCGUGCCUCAACUUCACCUCUGAGUUGCCAUGGCCAAGUUAGAGACUCUGUCUGUUCUUAGUGACUCAAGCUACCAGAGCCAGGACACUUUCCACUCGUUUGCCUCCAGACCCUCUGAAUCUGCCUCCCAAAACACUAUGGGAAGCGUGGGCAGCGGAGUCGCCAAUGAGCAAGAGUUUGCGAUGAAGAGCGUGGGAACCAGGACUCAGAGCAGCAGCAGGCAGGCUGAUGGCUCGCGGAAUGGCUAUUCCACGCGGGAGAUCUCUAACCGUUACUCUGGGGAGGAGAAGACUUACAAGUCAGAGAAGACCUCUAACUCCCUCUACAUCAACGGGGACUUGCGCAAAAGUGAGAAGGUGAAGACAGACAUUUGUGGGAACGUUACCACCAACAACGAGAAAAACCUGCCACCUCCUCCCCAGUACAGAGAACCCAGUAACCCACCAAAGAUAUUGCCAGUCUCUGGCAAAUUGGACCAGAGCAAUGAGCCCUUAGUUAGACCUUCAGCCUUUAAACCAGUAGUUCCUAAAAACUUCCAUUCCAUGCAGAAUCUCUGCCCGCCGCAGAACAAUGGAAUAACAGAGAACAGAAAGAGCUUGAAUCACACCAACAGCAAUAGCCCGUCUGCAGGCAAAAGCGGACUGGAGAAAACCAGCCUUAAUAGGACUACAAACCAAGUGGGAGGUCUUUCCGAUUCUGGCCGUAACUCUUUGACGAGCUUGCCCACUUACGGGACGGGCUACAGUCAGCACGUUGGCCCAAUGAGUGCUUCAACUAGUCACAUAAACCGCAUUGGCACAACCUAUGUAGAUAAGAACAUAGUGGGAUACAAUGGAAUAUCUACCUCAGACAGUGGACGGUCUUCAAGCAAGAGUACUUCUUCUUUCAAUAGGCUUAACCAUCUGAACGAAACAAUGCCUUUCCAUUCCCCCUCGACAGAUGACGUUAUCCAGGACCUGGAGGACAGGCUGUGGGAGAAGGAGCAGGAGGUCCUGCAGAUGAGAAGAAACCUGGACAAAAGCGAGGCUGCCAUCUUCCAAGUGUUUGAGGAGAAGCAAAAGAUCUGGGAACGUGAAAUGGAGGAUCUCAGGCAAAAUUAUGCAAAUAAACUGCAGCAGGUCUCCAAGAAGGCCCAGAGAGCUCAACAGGCCUUGCAGCUCCAGAUCUUCAAGCUCCAGCAAGAGAAAAAAAAGCUCCAGGAUGAUGUGGGGCAACUUCUCCAGCAGCGAGAAGAGCUGGAGAAAAAAUUUGUGGCUUUCAAGAAAGAACAGGCUGAGUUUCUUCCCAAGAUUGAAGAAACCAAGUGGGAGGUGUGCCAGAAAGCUGGUGAGAUCUCACUCCUCAAGCAACAACUGAAGGAUUCGCAAGCUGACGUCUCUCAGAAACUGAAUGAGAUAGUGGGGCUGCGGACUCAGCUCAAAGAAGGUAAGACCUUCCUAAGAGAGAAGGAAGAGCAGAUCACCACCCUGAAAGACUCCUACAGCUCCAAGACUGUCAACCUGGAGAUCUGUGAGAAUGAGCUGCAGAGAAAGAUGAAUGAGGUGCAGAUGCUAAGGGAAAAACUCAAUCACUGUGAGCUGGAGGUCUCUGGCCUGAAGCAGACACUGGCCAGCAUGGGGCACCAUGGCCAUUUCAAUUCAGAGCUCACCGAGAAACUAAGGGACCCGUUGGCAUGUGAGAGCGAUGAGGCCAAGAUGAAGCGCCAAAACGAGGACAAUGUCGUUGCCCUGAAGAAGGAGGUUGAGCGGCUCCAGACGGAGCUGAAGCUGGAGCGCCAGCAGCGAGAGCAGCAGGUGAUGGACUUUGAGGGGGAGCGGCGCACGUGGCAGGAGGAGAAGGAGAAGGUGAUCAAAUACCAGAAGCAGCUACAGCUGAACUACGUGGAGAUGUACCAGAAGAACCAGCUCCUGGAGCAAAAGGUGAAUGAGAUGACCACCAAGGCCACCAGCCCGCCUUACACCGAGGAGAAAAAACCAUGGACUCCAUCCAGGCUGGAGCGAAUAGAGUCCACUGAGAUCUAACAAAGGACCAAGUCGAUAAAAGUAAUUUUUAUUACUGUGCAUGUACUACCUACUCCAGCCAGUGAUCUUCCUAAGAAUAAUGUGCUAUUUUACCAGAGGUGUGAAUGCACCGAACCCCCCCACCCUUACUUUCUUCCUCAGUGCUCUGUAAGUAAAUUAACCGUGGAUGCACAUUGUUAUACUAUUGAUGAUGCUACAUCAGUUUCUCCUAGUACAGCUAGGAAGGGCCCAGGGGCCCUUUAGGAAUCUGCCGUGACUGUUACUUCUCUAUAUGCUGCCAUCCCUUCCACCAUCGUCAAUUCCCCUGCCCUCUGCGUUUGUUCCCCCCCCAAUCAGUUCAUGCAGCAAAACAGUGCAAAGUGACAGGGUUUUUCAGGGCAUUUUAGCCACAUUGGCUAAUAGAGCAAAGCUCUUGGGAUCCGAAGAACUGUGCAGUUCAGCACGUCACGGUAUCGAUGAUACUUGUCUGACAGCCUAAUCCAAUGAAGUCAGUAGGAGGUUUGCCAUUGACUUCAGUGAAACCAGGCUUUGACCCUAUUCAAAUAAGUCUCUGUAGCAAAUGCAUUGCUAACAAUUGCCAAGGUCCAUGGUGUCACUAGGGGUUAGAAUAAGCCAGGUGAGGUACAACGAGCCAACGCCAACCGCUGCCCGAAAUGAACCGAGAGUUGCGUUUGAGGUUCCGAAAACAUGCUGUGCUUUCGCUUUGCUAUUUACAUUCACGUCCCCUCCCGCUUCUUGGCAAUGAUCAGGACUAGAAGCAGAAAUGGCAAAUGGCAGCAAACCCCAGAAUAAGGAAUUCCCAGUAAUACAGGCAGCAAUUCCCCUUCCUCAGGAGAGAUCCCAGAGGACAGAACUUUGACUAAGCUUCAGAGAAGCAUUCAAACUCCUUCCACAUUUAUCCAAACCAGAAAUGAACCUGUGGGGGACGCCAGGUGGCGACACUAUCCCAUUCCCAAAAGAAAGGUGCCAGGGUUGACUUUCCUCUUGCCGUUGUUCCCUGUAGAGGUGAUCUAGUUACAGACGGGCCUCAGGAAACCACCCACACAUUUGCAGACUCUGCUGUGCUAGUGAACAAGCAUCAGCACCAUGGAUAGAUGUGGCAGGAGUUAAGACCCUAGCAUAGGAAGUAACUUGGGCCCCAGUUCAACAGAGGACCCAAGCACUGGAACGGGUUACCUAGGGAGGUGGUGGAAUCUCCUUCCUUAGAGGUUUUUAAGGUCCGGCUUGACAAAGCCCUGGCUGGGAUGAUUUAGUUGGGGUUGGUCCUGCUUUGAGCAGAGGGUUGGACCAGAUGACCUCCUGAGGUCCCUUCCAACCCUGAUAUUCUAGGCAUGUGCCUAAGAUCCAUGCUGAGUGGGGGACGCAGGAAAAUCCUAGGGGCCCAGGUUUGCCUGCAGAUGCGGGUGUACAAUUGCCAAGUCUCACACCUGGACCCAAGAGCAGCAUUCAGCCAUAACUGGGCCUGAUUCUGUCUCCUCCUAAAGAUGUGUGUCACUCUUCCGGAAGUGUAAAGAGGUCUUCAGGUGGGACGCAGCGUGAAGCAGUGGUGUGCGGGAGGCUCCGUGUAACUCAGGAGGAAGCCCAGUGCCCUUUCCAGAGGGAGAGCUAGAAGGAACAAAGAUGCACAGGGUGUCGAAUGAGCAGCGACACAAACCCCUACACAGUGAUUUCAAUGAGAGUUCAGGCCCAAGUGUGUAUUGAGCGAGAGCGGCAGGGCGAGACAGGCUAAGCGCUGUGAAAAAAGCAGCCGAGAAAAGACAUGGAAGCUGCUCGUUUUCCAUAUGUCCCCUCAGCUGAGCUCGCACUACGAGCUGGUGGCUCACAAUUCCUCGGGGGGGUUGAACUUUGGUUGGGAUUUAAAACGUCUUGGGGAAAGCCCAGGAUUCAGCAAGCAGGGCUCACGGGAGAAAGGGGAAACUGACCAGUUCUCAGGGAGUUUCAGUCUGUUGUUUUCCAUCUGACUUUGCCCUUUGAACAGGCACCAGCAGUGACCAGCACAGGCUACGGGUGGUGCUGGUGGAUGACAAUGGUCGCUGCUGCUGUACAAGGGAAGGCUUCUCGCAGGAUGACCCAUCGCAGCCUGUGCUGGGAAACAGCAAUUGAGCGUGAGGGCGCCUCAGUUUCCCCCCUGCUGCUCUUGUGCUAGGGGAGGCAAAGAAAACAUAUUGCAUCCGUCCAGCAAAAACUAAAGCAAAUACCUGUGAAACUGGCUGUCCCAGAGACGAGCCCAAGCCAGCUGCCUCGCAAACGGUGUUUGAUUGAUGGCCAGAUGGCACUGUCCUGGUCUUGGGGUGGGCUGUGUUGGACAAGGAGUAGGCCUGGUGCUUGGAGAUGGGGUGCCCAUACUGAAUAUACAGGGUGGGCCUGGCGCAAAGCCCAGUGGAAAGAGUCUCAUUGACUUAACGGGCUUUGGAUGAGGCCAGAAAUCAGUUGCUGCUCCAUUGAAGUCAAUGGAGUGACUCCAGUAGAACAUCCUUGUGAGAGAGGAGUCAGACUCUGACUGUGGGCCCUGUGUCCCAGUUACGGGAGCGGAAGCACUUAUAGCAGGAGGGAGAUUGACGUCAGUGGGAGCAAGAUCGGUGGCAAAGCUCCCAGUCAUAUGAAGAGCAACCUUAGCCACCGUCAUCUCUGUCUGUAGAGCCAGGACGGCAUGGGAGGGGGCGUUGCUUCCCAGCCACCAUCCGUCAGCAAAGGCUUCAGCUGGGCAUGGUAUUGCAUUCCAGUCUUAACAAUGGAUGAGACCUGGCACUAGCGUUGCAAGCUUGAUUUCUCGCUUUGCUGCCCAUUUGUAAUGGUGCCAUUGUGUCCCUGCUCAGGUCUCCAGGUGCCGAUCGUUAAUCCGCCCCCAGCCAGGCAGCAGAGUUGGCAAUAACAGGUGCUGCUUGAGGGCGCAGAGGGCUGAGGCUGUGUGCACAGAGCAGCAUGCAGACACCAGAGAGUAGAACUCAGCUAGGACAUCGGCGUGGCAGCGCCUGCCAGUUGUGCUGCUGUUAGGCCUGGUGCCGUUUCCAGGGCAGGGCAUUGUUUUCCCUCCCCGGUGCCUGCAGGUACAGUCAGAGCAAUUCCACAGGCAAAUGUUCUGUGCACCGGGGGCAGAAGUGUGUGUGUGUCUAAUUUGCAUGCCCAGUUGUUGGCCUGUUGGAGCCAUACCCGGGCCCCAUGGGUCUGCAAAUGCCUAGUUUGUGUGCGAAGGCUGAAUUACGUGUGUUCAAAAUUAGGCCCUGUUUCUGUCAUUUUAAAUUAGCUGGGCCAGUUCCUCCGCUGGCGUAAAGCAGAGUAACUCCCUUGACUUGAAUGGAGCUGGCCGCCCGGCUACUCUGUGAGGGCUGGAUCCUGCGAAGUGCCGAGCACCCUGAGUCCCCGUCAGUCAGUGUGAGGGGCUGAGUGCCAUAAACCCUCAGAGUUAAGGGAUGGUGGGGGCCUGUGUGACCUGGGGCAAACCCUCUUGCUGGGCCUCAGUUUCCCCAUAAAUUAAACCAGGAUAAUCAUCCUUCCCUACCUUGCAGGGAUGAAUUUAUUCCUGUUCACAAAGGGCUCUGAGCUCCUUGGGUGGAAGGGAAAAGUGCUGAGCAGCUACAAAUAUUUUUAAUAGAUUUCAGACCAACUUUGCAUGUAAUUUUUCAGGCCAUCAUUUAACGAGACGAUGUUUCAGGGAACAGUAUCUGCACUCCCAAUGGGAUGAGCCCCAGGUCCUAUUAGAUCUCCUGCAUUACUAUGGGUGAAAUUCUGGUUCAAAUGAAGUUGAUGCAAAACUCCCACUGAAUUCAGUGGAGCCAGGAUUUCCUCCUAUCAUUCUAAAGGGCCCCAAUCAGCCUUUGAGAAUGUUCACACCCCUGAUGUUCACCUGUGUUAGCAUCAGCUGGCAGUUCCCAUUGAUGCCAUCCAGAGAACCCUUCUAGCCGCUCAAUGUAUGCCUGAGAUUCCUACUGAUGCUCAACAAGCGCAGAACGGACCGAUUGCAGAUUUACAUGUUCUGCAGGCUUGAAACAUUCCCUAAAUAACGAGUGAUCUAAUCAGAUCAAUAGUAGGCCCCCUGAAAGCUCCAUAGUAUGUCUCCACAGCAAAGAAAAUCCCGCUGCUGGCCUGUGCCAGCUGACUCCGGCUCUGGGGGGUUCAGGCUGGGGGGCUGUUUCAUUGCUAUGUAACAUUCUGGGCUUGGCCUGGAGCCCAGACUCCAGGACCCUGUGAGGCUCCCAGAAGUCUACACAGCAAUGAAACAGCCGAGUCCCAUGAGCCAGGGUUGGCUGGCACAGCCACAGGUGUCUAGUUGCUGUGUAGAUGUACCCUAGGUGUGUCCCAGAGUAGGGAGGCCAACAAUCCAUGCAUUAAAAAGCCCCUAAAUACAUAUUUAUCCAAUGCACUGUAGCAUCCCAGAUCUUGGCAGUAAAGAGGGGGAUGGUGUGUUUUAAGACCUCCCUUAAAGUCCAUUGUACGCCAUUGAGGCAGGGGUGUGAGACGAUUCUGGGCCAGAACCUCAGCUACUGGAGUCGGAGCUAGACCAGCUGAGGAUCUGGCGAUGUUCAAGUGACAUUGCAAAGGGAAAUCAAAGGAAUAGCUGAACCUUCAACACUCCACGGCCCCUUCCUUAACUGGCUCUGAUUUCUAUGCAAAUUAGCCAGACACUUUAACAAGCCAGACUUGGCAAAGUCACCAUUUCUGCAGGGCGAUUGUGGUGCGAAUUGCUCUUUGUGUAUGACACCCGCCAGGGUGUUGCCAUUCCAAGAGGGUAGCUGAGGGCCCCCUUUUGAGGUUAAUUACCCCAUGAAUCCUAUAGGCAGAUGUUUUGCCAAAAUGCUGGCAAGUGCACAAUUCCGUUCCCUUCCUUUCCCUGAGUCCCCACCAAAACUGUUGGGUGAUAAACGGACUCAUUCUGCUGGACGCACUGCCGAUUUUAGGAACCACAGAGCCACUUAAGGACAGGGGAGGGUGUUGUGCAGAGAGUUUCCAUCUUACAAGCGAAAGGUGCCUGUUCCCACCCCUCUGGUUAUGUGUCAUUACCGUUCUUCUUGCAGCUGUGUCACCUUGGAUUGGGAUCUACUGAGAUCUUUUGAACUAUGCAGCUUUGAGCCUGCCAUUCCUUCGGUGGGAGAGCCGCACCGAAUACCCGAGGUGCACUCGGAAGUUAGGCUGGUGAUUCAGUAAAGGGCGUUCUUCCUUCCCAGGUCAGCACUGAGCUAAUGCCCCAGCGAGCUGCCGGAGGUGCCUCUUGCGGGUGAGUUGCCAAGCAGAAGGUUCUGAUCCUUAAUGACUCCAUUGAAGUCAGUAGGGCAGAUCUUUGGCUUGUGAGCAUCAGCAUAACUUCAUUGCCGCAGAGCCCCAGACUUACGUUAGCUGAAGAUUUGGCUCAAAUGAGUCACACUCGUAUAAGGGAAGGAAGAAUCGGAUCCUUUAUUUCUUUGUGUUUGGUUUUCUUCCAUGAUUUUGCUUCUAUUGCUUUAAGACGUCACACCUGGGUUGCUUUGGCUCAUCUCCAGAGCAGCAGGUGUGUAAUGGCUUCACAGCCGUACGGGAAAGAAUUAGAGAUUAAAACUGUGCACCUAGCAAUGCCCAGUACUGCUUAGUUUCCACCAAUCAACUGACCGGCGAUCAACCACAUCGCUGCAAACAGACAAGCAAACAAUAGCAUUGCUAGCGUAAAACUGUAGGAAAAUCACUGACGGUUUUCUCUGUGUGAAGUGCUUAUUAACUGAAAUAGGAACCGAAUCAUAUACUAUAUGCUGCUAAGUGAUACAGAGACAAGUGUACUUGGAUGUAAAUAACGGUCUAGUUCUGUAUAUAUGAUUAUUAAACAAAACAAAAACAAAAA